ACUAAACCAUGUAUCUGGAGCUGCUUGCCCUGCUCUUCACGGUCCUCUAUGUGUAUGACUACCUGAGGAAUAGGCGCCACAAUAGGAUGUAUGCCGAGGCGGGUAUAAAAGGGCCCAGGCGCUAUCCCCUGGUGGGCAAUGCGCCCAUGCUGAUCAAGGAGUCGCCAAAGAGUAAGUGGGUCAUGGCCACUGGGUCAGGAGAUUACAACAAGGUUGUAAAGCGAGUUAGUGCUUCUUGUUCCCAGCAGAGAUUAGAUUGGCAUUUUUCGUUUAAAGAAGGUUCCAUUGCCUUAUCAUUACUUAAACUUUCGCCUACAGCUGUCUUCGAUCUGCAAUGGCGUCUGAUCAAGGAGUUUGGCAAGAACAUCCAUAUCCAGGUACUGGGUGAGCGUGGCUUCCUGACCGCCGAUCCCAAAAUGAUCGAGGCCAUCAUGAGCAGCCAGCAGACCAUUCAGAAGAACAAUUUAUACAGCCUGCUAGUCAAUUGGCUGGGCGAUGGUUUGCUGCUUAGCACAGGCAAGAAAUGGUUCCGCCGUCGUAGGGUGAUCACGCCGGCCUUCCACUUUAAGAUUCUGGAGGAUUUCGUGGAGGUCUUCGAUCAGCAGAGCGCUAUAAUGGCAGAGAAACUGUACGAUCGGGCGGAUGGCAAGACUGUGAUCAACAUGUUUCCGGUGGCCUGUCUGUGUGCCAUGGAUAUCAUUGCCGAAACGGCCAUGGGAGUGAAGAUCAAUGCCCAACUGCAGCCGGACUUUCCCUACGUUAAGUCGGUCAAGACGGCCUCUGAAAUGGUUGCCGAUCGGCUGAUGAAUCCACUUCAGCGUGUAGAUCCCACGAUGAAGCUAUUCUAUCCAAAGGUUUUUGCCGAAUUGUCCAGGAAUGUGAAGGCCAUGCACGACUUUACCAACUCUGUAAUCACAGAGCGGCGAGACCUUCUCCAGAAGGCCCUGGCCGAUGGCAACUACGAUGCCACGGCCGCCUCCCUGAUGGACGAUGUGGGUCAAAAGCGUCGCAUGGCCCUGCUGGACGUCCUGCUACAGUCAACUAUUGAUGGAGCGCCGCUAACCAACGAGGACAUCCGCGAGGAGGUGGAUACGUUCAUGUUCGAAGGUCACGACACCACCACAAGCAGCAUUGCCUUCACCUGCUAUCUGCUGUCCCGGCAUCCGGAAGUGCAGGCGCGCGUCUUUCAGGAAAUACGGGAUGUCAUUGGUGAUGACAAGUCGGCGCCCAUCGAUAUGAAGAUCCUGGGCGAGCUGAAGUACCUGGAGUGUGUGAUCAAGGAGUCACUGCGCCUGUUUCCCUCGGUGCCAAUGAUUGGACGCCACAUCACCGAGGACCUCGUUCUAGAUGGCAAACUCAUACCUGCUAACUCCGACAUCGUUAUCCUCAUUUAUCAUGCCCACCGCGAUCCGGACUUCUUCCCUGAGCCAGAGAAGUUCAUCCCAGAACGGUUUAGCCUGGAGCGCAAGGGGGAGAUAAAUCCCUUUGCCUACACACCGUUCUCAGCGGGUCCGAGGAACUGCAUUGGCCAGAAGUUUGCCAUGCUGGAGAUGAAGAGCACGGUCAGCAAGUUGGUGCGCCACUUCGAGCUGCUGCCCCUGGGCCCCGAAGUCAAGCCUGUGCUGAACAUUAUUCUGCGCUCCACCACGGGUAUUAAUGUUGGAAUCAAGCCGCGCGUCUACUGAUCCGGCUUCUCGGCUAUUGUCUUAUUUUUCCUCUGGUUGUUUAGUGUUAGGCGGAGUCCUCUGUAAAUAUUACAAUUAAAUGUUCGUACAAAUGUAUGUUCGUAGUCAA